GAGAUGAGUGGCACAGGGCAGUCCCUGGGGGGCACAUGAGCCGCGGAAGGGUCCCCAGGGUGGGCACCCAGUGCCCCUUGUGUCCCCUCCCAGCACACAUCGAGGUGAUCCCCUGCAAGAUCUGCGGCGACAAGUCCUCAGGGGUGCACUACGGAGUCAUCACCUGCGAGGGCUGCAAGGUGGGGGUGGGGCAGGGUCGACACAGGGGGCUCCAGGGGGGGAACAGAGCCGCGGCCAUGAACUGCGCCAUCGACCGCAGCUCCCGCACCCGCUGCCCGCACUGCCGCCUGCAGAAGUGCCUGCGCCUGGGCAUGUCCCCGCAGCGGUCACGGCCAGCGGGGCCAACGGCCUGCACACGGCCGGCACACGGCUGGCACACGUGGCCCCAGUGCCACCUCUGUCCCCUGUGCCAUGAGUGUCCCCUGGUCUCAUGUGCGUCACCCCCUGUCACACCUGUCCCCCCGUCACACCUGUCCCCCCAUCACACCUGUCCCCCCGUCACACCUGUCACACCUGUCCCCCCAUCACACCUGUCCCCCCGUCACACCUGUCACACCUGUCCCCCCAUCACACCUGUCCCCCCGUCACACAUGUCCCCCCUGUCACCUGUGUCCCCUCGUGUCCCCGCAGCUGUCAAGUUCGGUCGCAUGUCCAAGUCGCAGCGGGACCGACUGCAGCUGGAGGUGCAGCAGCAGCUGGAGCAGCGCCAGCAGGUGGCCGAGGGGACGCUGCCUGUCCCCGGGGGGCAGCACGCCCUCAGCCCCGGUGGCACCCAAGGGUGCCCUGGCACCCAGCAUGGCAUGACGGAGCCCAGGAGGGAGAGGGACAGGGACAGGCAUGACUGCGACCUCCACCCUGGUGGCAGCAUCCUCCUGGAGUCACCUACAGCCUGCGGCAUGGAGAUUGAGCAGCUCACGCAGGGCGUCCUCAAGUCCUACCUGGAGUCCUGUCCCCUGCGCUCCGAGGAGCUGCAGCGGCGCCGCUGGGACACCUUCUCCAGCCAGGAGGUCUGCGCCUACCAGCGGCAGUCGAUGGUGGCGAUGUGGCAGCGCUGUGCCGGGCGCCUGACCGAGGCCAUCCAGCACGUGGUGGAGUUCGCCAAGCGCCUGCCUGGCUUCCUGCGCCUCUGCCAGCACGACCAGAUCGUGCUGCUCAAAGCCGGUGCCAUGGAGGUGGUGCUGGUGGGCAUGUGCCGAGCCUUCAAUGCCGAGAACCGAACGGUCUUCUUCGAGGGCAAGUACGGCGGCACCGAGCUCUUCCGGGCACUGGGCUGCCACGACCUCAUCAGCUCCAUCUUUGACUUCGCCCAGAGCCUCUGUGCCCUGCACUGCUCGGACAGCGAGGUGGCCUUCCUCAGCGCCCUCGUCCUCGUCAACGCCAACCGCCCGUGGCUGCAGGAGCAGGCGAAGGUGGCCCUGCUGCAGGGACACCUGGAGGUGGCCUUCAGGCUGCUGCUGCGCCGGACGCAGCGGGAGGGGCUGCUGGCCAGGCUGCCUCCGGCUGGGCGGCUCCGGGCGCUCUGCUCUCAGCACCUAGAGCAGCUUCAAGCCUUCCACCGCCUGCACCCCGGGCUGCUGCCAGCAGCCUUCCCCCCGCUCUACCGCGAGCUCUUCACCGACACCGAGCCCCCCGCCGGCGCCCGCUGACCCCCGGCGCCCGCCCGCGGCUGGCACCCGAAGGGGCUCUAUGGAGGAUCCAACACCCAGAGAAGCUCCAGCACCCAAAGGGGCUCCCGCCCCGACGGAGGGUUCCAACACCUGGUGAUGUUCUGGCACCCAUGGAGAUUCGACUGGCACCCAUGGAGGAUCCAUCAACCACGGAGGGUACUGUCACCUGGCAGGGCUUUGCCACCCAGUGAUGCUGCAUCACCCAGACAGGCUCCAUCACCUGGGGACAUCUCAUCCCCCACGGGUGCCCAGCCCCCCGGAGGUGCUUCUUCACUGGGUGUUUGUCGCCUCAUGUGGGGACAACCCCUCACCAGGGGUACUCCUCGCCCCGGGGGGUGCCCCAUCACCCAAGGGUGCUCCUCACCUAGUGGUGCCCCUUGACCAAGGGGAGCCCUCCACCCUGCAGCGCUUGGGGUUCACCUGGGACCCUGUGCGGUGCCAGGGGGCGG